AUGAAGUUGAACAUCCGUGUCGAUUUGAAGAACUACAAUGGCUCGGCAACAGAGCGAGAACGCGUCGAACGGGAACGGUUGAUCGGCGAGAAGGCGAAGCUCGGCCAUCGGAGAAUAGGCGAGCAAGGAGAGAUUUCGUACAAAAAAGUGCCCACCGAUGCGCUGAUGAAAGCGAUUCAAUUGGGGAUAGCCAAUUCGAUCGGCAAGCUGGCCUCAUAUCCGAAAAGAGAUUUGCUCGUGCAGGACUUUGACGUCAUCGAAACUGUAUCAUUUCCAUCAACCGGGUCCACGAUCACGCCCACUCACAAUUACGGGGAUUUCCGAUUCAAGACUUAUGCACCGAUCGCCUUCCGAUAUUUCAGGAAGAUCUUCCACAUUCACACGGAAGAUUUCCUUAGCUCGUUAUGUACUCGGCCACUGAAAGAGCUGUCGAACGCGGGCGCGUCGGGCUCAAUUUUCUACGUCUCCCACGACGACCAGUUCAUCAUCAAGACCGUCCAGCACAAGGAGGCCGAAUUCUUGCAAAAGCUGCUCCCCGGAUAUUAUUUGAACAUUAACCAAAAUCCCCGCACGCUGCUGCCCAAGUUUUUCGGGUUAUUUUGCUACCAGACACUCGGCAAGAAUAUUCGGUUAGUCGUGAUGAACAACUUGCUGCCGCAGGCCAUCACGAUACACGAGAAAUACGAUCUCAAGGGGUCCACUUACAAACGGAUAGCCUCCCAGGCGGAGCGCGCCAAGUCCAGCCCAACCCUCAAGGACCUCGAUUUCAAUAACAGUCAUCCUAACGGCGGCAUCAACCUCGAGCCUUCCGCCUAUGAGGCACUAAUGCAAACGAUGCAAAAGGAUUGCUUAGUACUCGAAUCGUUCAAAAUUAUGGACUACUCACUACUAGUCGGGAUACACAACGUCGACGAGAGCGCCGCGCAACGGCGCGAGAGCAUCGACCAGGGCGAAGGGCCGGAGGUGGACCGGCAGGACACGACGGAGGACGAGAUGGACCCCACGCAGCCGUCGACAAGCCGAUCGCAGAGGGCAAUCCACACCAAGUACUCGGUGUGGGAGGGCAUCAAGGGCAGCGCCGACGCGGCCGCGUUCGGCGGCGUGCCGGCCAGGAAUUCGAACGGCGACCGGAUCAUCCUCUUCCUCGGCAUCAUCGACAUUCUCCAGGCCUACCAAUUCCUCAAGAAGUUCGAGCACACGUGGAAGAGCAUUUUGCACGACGGGGACACGAUCUCCGUGCACAAUCCCAAGUUCUACGCGUCGCGCUUCCUCAGCUACAUGCAGGCGACCGUCUUCAAGAAGAUGCGUUCUCGUCGACGAUCCAAGGCGUGCCGCUUCCAGAAAAUCAGCGCCACCGACCAAACGGACAGCGCGGCCGCCGUCAAU